AUGGGUGAACAAGGAAGAGGAAUUCCUAAGAUAUGUCGUUGUGGAGAAGCUGUAUCAAUGAAAACAUCAAAAACUGUGAAAAAUCCGGGUAGACUGUUUCAUGCUUGUCCUUUUGCUAGAGAUGGGGAUUGGUAUCAUACUUUUAAGUGGACUGAUGUAUGUAUGUAUGAAGAGCUUGAAGACUUGAUUGAGAAAAUGGAUAACAUUGAAGGAGCUUCAAUCACUUUGCAAAAGGGAGUGAACACUUGUGAAGCUGAGAUUGAAACAUUGACAAUGGAGACUCGGGUUUGUGAAGCGGUUGUUGAGAAAGAAAUUCGAGAGUGUAAAAUGCAACUCCGAAGCUUGAAGAACAUAGUAGUGUUUGCUUUGGUCAUGAUUUUGUUCUUCAAGUUCAUGUAUUGA